AUACAGAAAAGGCUAGAGCUGACCAAGAUGAAGCAGCUCGCAUGCCUGAAGAAGUACAGGAUGCAGCAGACCAAACCAUGCGAGGAUUGGUAUCUUUCACUGAUGCGUCAGGAGGCAAAGCUUCACGUUCUCGGCAUGAUGGUCGUCAUGCGUGCCAUCAAGAAGAAACAGACGCAGGCUGCCUAGAGGUCGCAGAUCCCAGGGCAGCAUUGCAGGCGAG